CCUGUCACUCGAAUAAUUUCAGAAUUCAUUCAAACUUUUAUUAAUAAAAUUUAAGACAACAAUGUUCCGCAAUCAGUAUGAUAACGAUACUACUGUGUGGAGUCCCCAAGGUCGCCUCUUCCAGGUGGAGUAUGCCAUGGAGGCGGUAAAACAGGGAUCAGCCACCGUGGGCCUGAAGAACACUGACUUUGCAGUGCUCGUCGCUCUGUGCCGUACAUCGAAGGACACCAACACGCUCCAAAGGAAGAUCAUGCCGGUGGAUUCACAUGUAGGUAUGUCCAUAUCUGGACUGACAGCAGAUGCUCGCCAGGUGUGCCAGUACAUGAGAACCGAGUGCAUGGCCUAUAGGCACUCCUACGACUCGGAGUUUCCGGUCCGCCGUUUGGUGGCCAAUCUGGGGAACAAGCUGCAGGCCACAACACAGCGUUACGAUCGCCGGCCUUAUGGAGUGGGCAUGCUGGUGGCCGGUUACGAUGAACAGGGUCCUCAUAUUUACCAAAUAAUGCCGACGGCCAAUGUCCUCAACUGCAAGGCCAUGGCCAUAGGCUCUCGUUCACAGAGUGCCCGCACCUAUUUGGAGCGGAACAUGGAGAGUUUCGAGAGCUGCAGCAAGGAUGAACUUAUCUGUCACGGAAUUCAGGCCAUUCGAGGUUCUUUGGGUCACGAUGACUCCGAAAAUCUAACCAUCAAUGUGGCCAUCGUCGGCAAGGGUUUGCCAUUCAAAAUGCUUACUGAUGCAGAGAACCAGUUCUAUCUGAAAGUAGUCGAGGCUUUGAACCCGUUGCCGGGGCAAGAUUCUUUAUCCGAGGAGGGUAUGAGUGAUGAUGAUAUGAUGGGUCAAGGACCAAGUGGCAGUGGUAUUCCUGGCCAUGAUGCAACUGAUAUUGGAUCCAAUGCAUCCACAACGGGCAAUUAGGCACUUCAGAUAGCUGAUAAACUUUAACAGAGUAUACAAAAUUUAUUGUUUCGUUUAAAAUGUUAUUAAAGUUAUAUGAAUUAUAAAUA